UCCAAAAAUAUUGGCAGCAAUAGGAUUCUAAAAUUAGAUUUUCGUUUUUAUUUUCAUUCACUUUCCCGCCUCUGCUUCCCUCCUCUUCGUGCUCCUUCUUCCUUCUUCCUCAUCCCUGCUUCCCCUCUUCUCUUUGUUCUCCUUCUUCCUCAUUCUUGCUUCUCUUCCUCGGCCGACAACUCUGUUCCUCGGCACUGCUUCUCUUCCUCGGCGGCAGAGGCUCUAGUAAGUCUAAUUUGUUCAAUGUAUUGUUGUAUAUUGAUUCACAUUUCUUUCUUAAGGUACAGGAGAUAGGGUUUGAUUGUUCGAUUUCAGUGGUUAAUUGGGGUUUCUGUGUUCGAAUUCAGAUGUCAGGCUUGGCUUUGGUAUGGUUUGUCCGAUUUCAGUGGUUAGGGUUUGUUGUAUUCGAAUUCAGAUGUUUGGCUUGGCUUUGGUAUGGUUAGUCCGAUUUCAGUUGUUAGGGUUUUCUUUGCUCUAUUCGUAGUCCCAAUUUUAAUUCUAGUUCAAACUUAUGAGUGAUUUAACUCUUCACUUUCUACAAUAUAAGGGUAAUAGUUCAAUGUUCUAUAAAGUUUUGUAACGGACGGGUAAGAUUUCUUUGUGUGAGAUAUCGAGUGGCUUGGGGUUACUUGUAUCAUGUGUGUUAUAUUUCUGGUAGAUAUUAUUUCAUAACCACAUAAUAUGUAUGUAUAGUUGGUGGCUAUUGAUUUAGGGUUAAAAUCCUCAAAGCUCUGUAUUAAGUGUUAAAAUCCUCAAAGCUCUGAUUUUCAGUACUAAGUGUUAAAAUCCUCAAAGCUCUCUAUGUACUCGGUAGUACGUUAUAAAUUCAGAAUGUGUCAGUCAUACUUGCCUGCAUUCCUUGGUUACAAUUUGGUUGCUGGAGCAUGUUGCACAUAGAUCUGGUUGGCAUGAUCGCUGUGAACAAUGGCAUUCUACUUUGGAAUCAUAUUCACAGGAUUCUUAGGAAACACUUUAGAGACCAACCUUACUAUGCAGAUCUGUAUUUGGUGCUUAAUGGUUAAAUUUAAACUUAAGCGUUAAUAGUCUAAUUCUUCCUUGCAUAACGGAUGGAGGCACAUUGAUUAACUCAAGUGCUCAAUCUGGGGUUGUAGCUUUCUACCUGUAUUCUUUGGGCCCUUAUCUCAUAUGCCCGGAAAAUAGGUAGGGCAAUGGUUGUUGAGUGGGAAAAUGUCAUUGUUUAACCUCUUUUUCCCUCCGCUUUUCACAUUUUGUUUUCGUUGUAAACACUCUUUUCCCCCUGUUUAUGUGUUGCCAACAGAUAAGAAGGAGCAACAGAUCAGUUUCACAACUGUUAUUGUGAUCCACUGCUGCUUCUGAUCUGUUGCUGCUGCUGAUUUGUUACCAGCACAUCAGAAGCAGCAUGUCAAAUCAGCUAGCAAAAUAUCAGCAUCGGCAACAAAUAAGAUAAGCAGUUGUGAAUCUGAUCCGUUGCUGCUUACGAUCUGCUGUGCGAGCUCAAUGUUGUUGCUCGCUCUAUUAAAUCUCUUUCUUUCUCUCGUUAUGCAUAAUGUCCAUUCUAUUAUUUUCUUUCCAUUUGAUUUUUGGUUAAUAAAAAUCUGACUAAUGGUUUUCUUGUUUUAUGAAUAAUCUUUUCAAUAUUAAAAUGUGUUGUUAGCUGCACUUUGCUAGGACGGAUGACCUGCUCUUCUUAGCUGCUGUUGUGUUAGAUGAGGCCUUUAGGUUAAUCUGGACGGUUGGGGAAGGGAAACCGAGGAUUGCGUUUAUCCAAUAUAAACAUGUCAGAUUUCAGAUCAGACCCCUAUAACAAUUCUUUUUAAUAGUUUUGUUUUCUUGUGCAUUCUCAUGUGUAUUAUGCUUGCAUUAAUUAAGUUGUUGAACCUAUUUACUCAACUCCUCUGGCAGUGUCAUUUUGUUAUAGCUUUAUUUGUUAUUGGUCAUGUCGGGGUGGCUUAAUCACCAUGUACUUGUCUAGCGUCUUCUCACUCCCCACUUUAGUAUAGAGUUUCUUUUGCAAAGAAGGUAAUUUGUAGCGGUUAAAUGUAAAAUUAUAGAAUUACUUCAACCAACUUUAGUGUUGUUUGAAGGUAGCCCUGGAUUUGGAAAAACAUGUUUGAUUGCAGCCAUUGCAAAGAUUUUGAGACACAAGGUUGUGCAUAUCAACCUGUCUGAACAAGUUAGAACUUUGCAUGUAGCCUAUUUCACAAUCUGUGUUUCGCCUUUCUGUUUUUUUUCCCAUUUAUUACUCUUUGUGUUAUUAUGUGUUUCUUUUGUGUUGGAUCUUAAUUUCAAUUUGACCUAGCACAGACUGAUAUUAUGGACCUACUGGGUUCAGACUUGCCUAUUGAGAGUGACGAAGGGUUGCAAUUUGCUUGGUCUGAUGGAAUUUUACUACAGGUGGUAGUAUGUUUGCAAGCUAGAAUAUUUUCUGUUAGAUUACAAAUAUUACAGUGUGUAUGAUUUGCAUUUGCAGGAUUUAAAUAUGAGAUCAUGGGUUUUGCUGGAUGAGAUCAACUUGGCUCAUCAAUCUGUUUAGUAGUAUUAUACCCUGUUAUGUUGAUAUAUGUAAUAAACUCCAGCACCUUGUUGGGUUCGCGAAGUUAGUGUGGCCAAGGAAACACUUGUGGCAGCAGUUGGAUGAUCGUCUUGUCGAGAUUGCUGUAUCAACAAAUCAAGAACUUCGUUUUCUUUCUAUGCAAGGUGUUUGCAUGACAUCUUCGCUAUUUGGUAAAUAUGAAGAUGGGGACAUCGUGAAUAAGUUACAAGAGAUGUAUGAGGUACUCAAAAAUUCGAGGGAGGAGCCUUUCACGAUUGAAGGGAUAAAUGAAGUUCGAGAAAAGUUGGCAAACUUCAUUUCUAAUGAUUGUCUUUGAUAUUUUCUUGUAGUGAAUUUUAGUAUUGUUUUUGAUAUUUCCUUGUAAUGAAUUUUAGGUUACGGAUGCUAGUUUUUUAUGACUGUUAUGUAAUCGAUUUUUCAACUGUACAAUUUAAUUAUCUAUAUAAUUGGGUACUUUUUUAUA